AUGCCCGAAAACCCUCUGGCCCUGAACAUGCCACACCCAGCCCAGUCCCCAGUCCCCAGUCCCCAGAUCCCCUUCAGCCCCCGGAGGGGCCCCUCAGCAUCACCGCAGCGGGUCUUUCCAAACAGCCGCGUUUGGUACAUGGGUGGGUUAGAGCUGCGCUGUCAGUUUGCUGGGUGGAAGUGGAAGUGGAGUUGCUUCUUCGUAAUGGAACGAGGAAUCCUUCGCGCCGCUGAGCUUGUCGACCAUGCUCGUACAGCAGCGCAGCGCAGGGAUGACAUGCCAGUUUCCUAG